UUUAACGGAUUUAUCCAUUUUAAAAUUAAUUUAAAUAAUUAAUAAAUAUUUAUUAGAAUAAUGAUGAGCUUUAUUAAGAGAAGGGUGUUUUAAAUUAACUCAGUCGGUAUAUUGACAUACCGCGAGUGCAUAUGAGAAGUGGGUGAGGGAAAAAUUGAAAAAGAAAUACAGAAGCACGUGGCGGAAUCGUGUGUUCAAAUAAAGACUCGUUCGGACGACUAUUUGCCUAUGGGAUGCAUCUACCAGUGGACUCGGUUGGUUGUGGGGAGAAUUACGAUUCCGUCGGUUCCCACGAAGGUGCCGGACUCGUAGGCUCCUCCCUGAUCCCUCUUAGAAACGUUGACGCAAGAUACCCUGGUGAAGAUAACGACGGGGCCAGGGGUGCCUCUAUUGGAGGCGCCGGUCCAACUUCUGGAGCGAGCGGAGGUGAAAUGAGCGAGGGUGCCGCCGUCGGCGAGCUCUGGUGGACUGAGAAACUCGUUGGUCAAGCACAAGCUGUACAUCCUGAAGAAUUAGUUCGAACUGGUUCGCCCUACUUUCUUUGUAGUCAGCUACCAACACAUUGGAGAUCGAAUAAAACUCUACCGGUUGCAUUUAAAGUUGUAGCUCUAGGAGACAUUGGUGAUGGAACUCUCGUUACAGUUCGAGCAGGAAAUGACGAGAAUUGUUGCGCUGAGCUCAGAAAUUCGACUGCUUUGAUGAAGAAUCAAGUAGCAAAGUUCAAUGAUCUACGAUUCGUUGGUCGAAGUGGAAGAGGUAAAAGUUUUAGUAUCACCAUCACUGUCUCUACAACACCACCACAAGUAGCUACAUACACAAGAGCUAUCAAAGUCACUGUUGAUGGUCCGAGAGAACCUAGAUCAAAAACAAGACAACAACAUCAACAGUUUCGUGCUCUUGGUCUUGGCCAAAGACCUUUUCUUGAUGCUCCAACAUCAUUUACGUCUCACUUGAGGGAACUAGAGAGAAGAAAUAAACAUCAUCAUCAUCAAAGUCAUUUACACAAUCAGAACAAUGGCAAUAACACCAACAACAAUUGUGGAAAUACGAAUAAUACUCAUUCAAAUGCUUCACCUAACUCAUCACAUCUUGGAACAACUAGUGGGUCAAGUCAUCAAGCCUGUUACAAACAUAGUCCUCAUAAUGAUAACAAUGUAAGUACUGCAGAAUGGACUUACCCGUCAACAGCACCGUCGUAUCCUGCUCCUUCAGGAAGUGAUGGUGGGUCGUAUUCUCCUUUACCUGCUGGAGCUUUUUCUUAUCCUGGAGAAUCGUUAUCUCACCAUCCAACGACGGAACCUGUUCCAUUACCAGCAGUUCUGACAUCUGAUAGUCCUCAAGAUGCUUACACGCCAAACUGUGUUACGAUGUAUCCUUCACAUACAUCAACAUCAUCGAAUCUUCCCUUGGUACCUGCCAAACCAACAGACUCCGAGAUUUUUCCAGCAAGUGCGCCAGGAGGGAAUAGUCCUGUUUACCACUACGGUUCUUGGGCUUCAGGACCAAGUACACCUGUACCAGUACCUUCUCACAACUACAAUCCCAACUAUCAGGGGUAUUAUAAUAAUCCAAGUCAGAAUUAUAUCAGUCCAACACCCAUGGUUUUGUAUCCUCAACUCUAUAGCACAGUUAAUCAAAAUCAGAUUCAUUUGCAUCUCCAUGGGGACUUAAGUGAGGACCAACUAACUAUUGCAAGUGGAAAUCUGACCAUUAGCAGCAACAGACUGGAAAUCGGUGUGAUGGGUGAGGAGAAUGAACAAAGGAAUGAUGUUUGGCGGCCAUAUUAAACGUGAUUGUGUUUAUUAAUGAUAAAUAGUGAUGUUAAAAUAAAAUAUUAGAACACUUGUGAAGUGUUUAAAGGGUUUCCGUUAGGAAAUUACCAUCUAUUAAUGUAAAUAUGCAGGAUAUUUUCCAUAAAUAAAAUAAAAAUAAUCAUUUAA